UGUUAUUUCCACACGUUUAGUUCUUUGAUCCUUCUUUUUCAUUUUGUUUUUUUUUUCUGUGGGUCUCUCAACUUUGGUUUCUAAUCAUGAUAUCUUGUUGAUUUUGACUAAAUUUGUACAUGUUUACCUGGGGUUUUCUGGGUUUCUCUUGUUUCCUUCUAUUAUUUAUUCUGCAUGAGUCAAUGAUGGCUUGAGCUCUGAACUUCGCUAGUGUUGGUGAGUUCAUAAGCAGGAAAUACAGGAUUUCAAGUGUGAUGAAACAUAAUGAGACUUAAAAGUUGGAUGAAGAAACGGAGAUUUGGAAUUGGAGUGAGGUUGCAGAAAAUGAUGAAGUGCAUUUGGUCUGGAGAGCAGCUGGGAGUAGAUGAAACUGUAGCUUCUUCAGAGUCACUGGCAACUAGGGAUUACUCUGCAAGUGGAUACUCCUCCAGAACUGCUGAUAUGGAAACAAAGCUUGACAAUAGCAACAUCGAAGAAGCAGAGUCAUCUCUGCGUGAGAGCGGUUAUCUCAACUAUGAGGAAGCAAGAGCAUUAUUAGGAAGGCUUGAGUAUCAAAAAGGAAACAUAGAAGCUGCACUUCACGUAUUUGAAGGAAUAGAUGUCACUGCUGUAACUUCCAAAAUAAAAGUUUCUCUUUCCAGAAGAUGUGAACAGAAUCGACGCCGUUCGCAAAGUGAUACUGCUCCGCCUAUGUCCAUGCAUGCUAUUACUUUACUUCUUGAAGCUAUUUUCCUCAAAGCAAAAUCACUUCAACAUCUUGGAAGCUUUCAAGAAGCUGCUCAGUCAUGCAGAGUUAUCCUGGACACUGUAGAAUCUUCAUUGCCAGAAGGUCUACCUGAAAACAUUUCUGCUGAUUGUAAAUUGCAGGAAAUUCUAAACAAAGCUGUUGAGCUACUUCCAGAGUUAUGGAAGCUUGCCGGGGCUUCUCAGGAUGCUAUAUUGUCCUACAGGCGGGCCCUCAUCUAUCGUUGGAAUCUUGACCUGGAAACAACGGCAAAGAUACAAAAGGAAUUUGCAGUUUUUCUUUUGUAUAGUGGCACUGAUGCAAGCCCACCAAAUCUCCGAUCUCAAAUAGAAGGAGGUUUUGUUCCCAGAAACAAUAUAGAGGAAGCUGUUCUUUUGUUGCUGAUUCUUCUCAGAAAAUUUACUCUUAGAAAAAUUGGAUGGGACCCGUCAAUUAUGGAUCAUCUUUCUUUUGCCCUGUCUGUCUCAGGCGAAUUAAGUGCCUUAGCACAGCACGUCGAACAAUUGCUUCCAGGGAAUAUUGACAAAAGAGAAAGAUACUGUAUGCUGUCUCUUUGUUACUGUGGUGAAGGUGAGGACCUUGUUGCUUUGAACCUUUGCAGGAACUUGCUGAAUAACAGAGAGAAUCAAGACUGCAUAUUAGAAUUAUUGCUCUCUGCAAAGAUCUGCGGACAGAAUGCAAUUUGUGUUGAAGAAGGGAUAGCUUAUGCUCGCAAAGCGCUUUCUGAAUUGGAUGGGAGAUGCAGCCAAAUGUUAAGUAUCGCGAAUUGCACUCUGGGUAUCCUACUAUCAGCUCAUUCCAAAUUAGUUGCGUCAGAUUCUGACAGAAGUUUAAAGCAUUCUCAAGCCCUUGAGGCACUGGAAAGAGCUGAAAGAGCAAUGAGAGAAAGAGAUCCGUACGUUAUAUUCCAUCUCUGUUUAGAAAAUGCUGAGCAGAGGAAACUGGAUCUUGCACUUUAUUAUGCAAAAGAGUUAUUAAUACUUGAAACCGGGUCUCAUAUUAAAGGAUAUAUUAUUUUGGCUCGAAUAUUAUCCGCUCAGAAGCGGUUUGUUGAUGCAGAGAAUGUAAUUAACACAGCUCUAGAGCAAACUGGGAAGUGGGACCAAGGAGAACUAUUACGAACCAAAGCUAAGCUCCAAAUUGCACAGGGUCAGUUAAAAAAAGCCAGAACAUAUACUCUUCUUCUUGCUAUUCUGCAAGUUCGGUCCAAAAUGCGUGGUGCUGGAAAGAAGCUUCUAAAGAAAACUGGAAAUGAAGAUAGAAGCUUGGAAAUGGAAACAUGGCAUGAUCUAGCUAAUGUGUAUACAAGCUUGUCCCAGUGGCACGAUGCUGAGGUCUGCCUUUCAAAAUCCAAGGCUAUUAACACUUAUUCUGCUUCCAGGUGGCACGCCACAGGUUUAUUGUAUGAAGCAAAGGGACUCCAGCAAGAAGCAUUGAAAUCAUAUAGGAAUGCAUUAGACAUUGAACCUUGGCAUGUGCCAAGUUUGAUAUCUACAGCCUGUGUCCUGAAGCAGUUCGGAAGCCAAUCAAUGGCAAUUGCAAGAACGUUUCUCACAGAUGCAAUCCGAGUGGAUCGGACAAAUGCCUGUGCAUGGUACAAUCUUGGUUUGGUAUAUAAAGUUGAUGUUGGAGCGUCAGUAAUGGAGGCUGCUGAAUGCUUUGAGGCUGCAGCUCUUCUUGAAGAAACUGCACCAGUUGAGCCCUUUAGAUAACCUGUUUAGCUGUUUCCAUUUUUUGCUGUAAAAUUAUGGACUGAAAAUAACAUUCACAGUCUAUACAUGGUUUGACUUUUCAAAUAUUAUGAUUUCAACAAUACAUAAUAGAUUAAGAAAGUUGACAUA